GACAAGAAAUUCUUGUGCCUUGAUAAGGUUUCCGUCUCGCCAUUGAUGUAGGUUCGUUCCAGUCCGGUUCUUGGACCGCGGGAGCUCAGCUCAAGAUUUGGGAUUGUUACUGAGCUCAGUUUUAGCAACCCGGUUAAUUAAGAGGGGUUCGGGGAUUCUUGGUAUUUGUCCCGAUUUUGAGGCUUUUAUUAGUAUAUGUAGCUAAAUUUAUUAGUAUUUGAGGCUUCUCUAAGUUGUAGCACAUCAGGAAGAGAUUUAUUUAUCUGCAUUGUGUUGCUGCUGAAGCCUUUGUGAAUUUCCCAAUGUUUCGACUUUCUUGGUUCAAGUUAAAUUUCUAAGUUUUGCUUGGUGAUUUGCUUUGAGGGCUGUUGUUCAAGCUGUUCUUGAGGGCAAUUGAGAUUGCCUAUCUGUUAAGUCUGUAGAAAAUUCAGUCCUUUUUUUUUUUGUUCCUCUCUCCUUCAUAUUGCCUUCAGUUUCAGAUGCAAAGUAGUUAUGCUGCAUGCCACUUUACUACUAGUCAUCAGCGUUUGUGCAAUUAAACCUGACAUGGCAGCAAUUUUUAAUGCAAAUAUGUCCUCACAACCAUUUUAUACAACCGUUGUCGUAAUUGUUGUAUUCUGCCUUUUAUAGCUCUGAAUCACAAUUUCAGUUAACAUUAAUGCGCUGUAAUUUUAUUCAUUAACAAAAGGUGAGCUGCUCUAGCAAUGAGGGCAAAGAAGUUGACUUGCAAAUGCUACUAAAUGGGCGAAUUAGCAGUCAGUUAAUGUAGCAGCAUAGACUCUACUGAUACAAGAGAAAAUGAGCGUGUAUGCUUUGAAAAGUCCGAAGGGACCAUUGUUUCCUCUGCGAUCAAUUCUUGUCUUCUUAAUUGCAUUAUUUGGGUUCUACGUCUGCUACUUCUCCUUUAAUCAAAUAGAUUUAGAAAAUAAAGAAAAUUUGAUCAGUGGAGAAGAACAAAUAAGAACUCUUUGCAGAAGACAUACAAUUCCAAAUGAGCUGAUGCAAUAUGUGCACUUUCCAAAACCUACGAGUUACAGUAGGGGGGAAUGCGCGUGUACUCCAGUUCGGUUUUUUGUUAUCAUUUCUAUGCAAAGAUCAGGAAGUGGGUGGUUUGAGACUUUGCUAAAUAGCCAUCCCAAUGUCAGUUCAAAUGGCGAAAUUUUCUCAAUAAGAGAGAGAAGAGAAGAUAUCUCAUCUAUCUUGAGGACGCUUGAUAAGCUUUAUAAUCUGGAUUGGCACACCAGUGCAGCAAAAAAUGAAUGCACAGCUGCAUUUGGAUUGAAGUGGAUGCUAAAUCAGGGAAUUAUGGAACAUUAUCACGACAUUGUUAAUUAUUUAAACAAGAAGGGUGUCAUGGUGAUAUUUCUGUUCAGGAGGAAUACAUUAAGGAGGAUUAUAUCUGUGUUGGCUAACGACUACGACAGAAAAACAAAGCAGUUGAAUGGCACCCACAAAGCACAUGUUCAUUCUAGGGAGGAGGCUGAUAUACUAGCAAGGUUCAAACCGAAGUUAGACGUGCCAACUCUGAUUCCAAACAUCAGAUCUGCUGAACAAUCCAUCACAACUUGCCUGGAUCACUUCAGCAGCACGCGCCACAUGAUCCUUUACUACGAGGAUGUGAUCCGCGACCAAAAUGCACUGUCGCGAGUUCAAGAGUUCCUUGGAGUUCCAGCGAUGAGGUUGUCCAGCAGGCAUGUGAAGAUCCACACAAGCCCUCUUCCUGACCUUGUUGAUAAUUGGGAGGAAGUGAGCGAGAAGCUAAAUGGGACAGAGUACGCUCGUUUUGUUGAUGGUGCAGAUUAUGACAAGUGAUAUUUGUUUGAUUUCAUCAGGAUCCAAUAGUUUUUUUGUUUUUUUUGAGGGAAUCAGGAUCCAAUAGUUGAUACUUGAUAGCUUCAUUUUACACAAAGGGGAUUUGAAAGUUGUUUCUUUUUUAUUCCUUUCAAAAGUAUAGGGAUCCUUUUGGUAGAAAGAACUACACAAGUUACAUAGAGGAGGAAAGAAAUGAAGGAAUAUGAGUUUUUUUUGUCCGUUUUAGAAUUUGUAUAGAUUUCAUGUUUUCUUUUGAGAGCAUCUUUUCAUUUCUAGGCGAUUCAGCUAUUGUGUACUGAUGAGCAUGACCAAAAAGGUCUCACAAUUGAAUUUCUUCUCAUCUCACUUCACUGAACA